AUGCCUACAUUAACUACCAAUAAUCAAGCAGCAUUUAGGCAAGAGAUGGAUGCAAGCAAUCAUGACAUGGUGGGUGUACUUGCUCGAGAAAUGGGUUCAAUCUUUUCUCCCUUAAUAACAAACCUUAAUAGGACUAACCAAGAUAAUGUUGAUACAUACCAACGACUGUCCACACAAAUAGGGCGUAUAGCAUAUUUCUUAGGAGGGCCUCAAACUUCUACUCGACGGAGAAAUAACCAGGUUGUAAUUCAGGGGGACGAACCAGUCAUAGGGCCUGUCCUAGAACCAGUUCGACCGCCUAGACAAAGGCAUGAUGAAACGAACCCCGGGGCAGAGUUGGAACAACAAGCCCGGAGAACUAAUUCUAUUCGACAGGAAAUUCCUGAAGAACAGCCUAGGGUAGUUAUGGUCAAUAGGGAGAAAAAUGCAGAUGAUGUAAUUCACAAGGUUAGGAGAGAUAACAUGGCAAUAGAAAAUAACUUAACAAUCCUGAUUGAGAGGAUUAUGGCUAAUAACGACCUUAACACUAGACUUCGAUGUCCCAACUACACUUCCCCUGUAACAGAUUAUAUUCUACAAACUGAAUUGCCAAGAGGUGAUUUAGCGAAUAGCGAGAACUUGAGAAUAAAAUAUUUCCCUAGUUCAUUGACAAAAAAUGCUUUUACAUGGUUCACCACCUUACCUCUAAAUUCCAUAGAUACUUGGGCUCAUCUGGAGAGAAUGUUCCAUGAACAAUUUUAUAUGGGACAAACCAACAUUAGCUUGAAAGAAUUGGCUAGCAUUAAGAGGAAAUUCACAAAGCCUAUCGAUGAUUACUUGAAUAGGUUCCGUUUAUUGAAAUCAAGAUAUUUCAUAGUUGUACCGGAACAUGAAUCGGUCGAAAUGGCCGCAGGCUGCUUGGACUAUUCCAUUUGA